UUGCGAAGUUCUCGCAGUGGGCCUUGGAAAAGUGCCACCUGUUCUCUUGACUGCGAUAUCUAAGGCCGAUGUAGGCCACUCGUGCUUUCGUGCCCUUUAUCGGGCCCCCCCCUCAAUUUUAUUAGUAUUUUGUUGUUCGAUUUUCUCACCGUUUCCCACCAUACCCUACAGAAGCUUUGUGAACUACUUUUUUCCUUAUGUAAUUUUUUUUGUCACAAACCUUACCAGGAUACUUGGCAUCGUGGGAUAUAGGACUUUUUGUGUUUAGUUUUUUAGCAUCAUUUCAUUCCGAUUUUCACUUUCGACCCUAACCUUGUGGCUUGCAUAUCAAUCUGUGUUGUGCUCUGUGUAGUUUUGUUUCAUGAAAAAAUGUGUGGAUUAUUUCCCCAGUCAACAUGGACUUAUCUACCGUGUAUGGUGUAAUGGCUGGACACAGCAGUGUGAUUGUAUCACAGAUAAAGUCUGAAGAUCCAAGUGAUGUCAGUAGUGGUUCUCUGUGUCCAGCUUCACCUCAAAUUUUUUCUUCAUCCAAUUCAGGUCUUUCAAAUGGCCAAACAGACUUCAGUAGAAUAAUGGGACCUGUUGUUGGUAGCUCUAAAUCUCACUGUCAGUCUCCUGAUGAAAUGGCUUUGGAAAUAUACUCCGGAAUUGCUGAUCAGUCCCCCUCAUCUCCAGGAAGCCCAGAAAGUCAUCAUCAGGAUAUGUUUUGUUCCAGUACAAUGUCCGGUGAUGGCAUAGGUGCAGUUGUUGUAUCGAAUUCCGAGGGUAAAUCUGGUGACUCUCCGAAACGUUUGUGUUUAGUCUGUGGAGAUGUUGCUUCUGGAUACCACUACGGUGUUGCAUCUUGUGAGGCUUGUAAAGCCUUUUUUAAACGAACUAUUCAAGGUAAUAUUGAAUACACAUGUCCAGCUUCAAACGAUUGUGAAAUCAAUAAAAGAAGAAGAAAAGCUUGUCAAGCAUGUAGAUUUCAGAAAUGCUUGAAAAUGGGCAUGCUGAAAGAAGGUGUAAGACUAGACAGAGUACGUGGUGGUAGGCAGAAGUACAGAAGAUGUCAAGAAAGCCCUUACCAAGUUCAUGCAAUUACAUGUAAAAAACCAUCAUUAGAAGAUAAUAAAAUUAUUUCUGCUCUUCUCAAUUGUGAACCAGAGCCUCUUCAAGCACAACCAAAUCCUGCUCUUCCAGAAUCACAUUUUAAAACUGUCAGUACUCUGAGUGAUUUAGUCGAUCGAGAACUUGUUGCGACGAUUGGUUGGGCAAAGCAGAUCCCAGGUUUUACGGAACUAAUGCUGAAUGAUCAGAUGAAGCUCUUACAAACCACAUGGGCAGAAAUACUGUCAUUAUCUCUUGCUUACAGAUCCUACCAGUCAGCAAGUUUACCACCAAAGUUGAUUUUUACAUCAGAUUUUACAAUGGAUGAACAACAAGCAUCCGACUGCCAAGCUGUUGAGUUAUUUUCUCGAUGUAUACGACUAGUCAAAAGGUUGGAUGUUCUAAAUAUAGCAAAAGAAGAAUAUCUAGCAUUAAAAGCUCUUCUACUGACAAAUGCUGAUAUUCAGCUUGAAGAUCCUUCCUCAGUGUACAAACUUCGUGAUACAAUUCUCUCUGGACUUCAGGACUGUGUUAUAGCUUUCCGUACCACCAGCUCUAUGCAGCAUUUAAGUCAGUUGAUGCUGUGCCUACCUCUUCUGCGGCAGCUCGAUGCUGAGGUGCGUCUAUUUUGGAGUAAAGUACGGAAAGAAGGGAAAGUCCCUAUGAACAAGUUAUUUGUUGAGAUGCUGGAAUCUAAUGUCCCCCUGUGGUAGAUGAUAUGAUUUUAUAUAAUUUGCCAUAUGAAUCCAGGAUCAACAACAAAGAGGUCUGUUGCUCCAAAAUGUUAUGAAGUAGCAAACAACAUGGAAUGUGAUCAAAUCUCAUUACAAUCAAAGCUUCACAAAUUAAAUGUUCGGAAGUGGAAGGGAUUUCUUUUCAUUCUUUAAACCUAAGACUGUAAAUUUUGAUGACAAUAUGGCUUUUACAAAUUCGAAAUUUAUUUUGAACUAUGAAUUUCUUAAAUGUUUGCCAUGCUUUUUGUGAAUAUUUAAAAUCAAAUUUGAUUAAAAAAAUGAAAUAAUAAAAAAAUAGAACUUUUUCUUUGACUGAGGCUGCAUACCUGAUAGUAUUCUGGUGCUAGAUUUGGUUUAUGUAAUAAGAUUUUAAUUCAAGUACACAAUAAGAAUAUAUAAUUGCAUUUCAUUAAAAAACUUUUUAUUAAUUUAUUAUUUUUUUUACAUUAUAUUUCAUAAAUUAAGCAAAGUACUGAAUUUGAUUAUAAGUUGUGAAAAUACUUUUUUUUUAUAAUGAUAUUUGUCAGUUGUUGAAUAAUCUUUUAUUGACUUAAUAGUUCUUGAAUCUAUUAAUCAUAAAAAUGUAUAUAUUUAAGAAAUAAUAAAUUAAUCAAAAUUAUUUAAAUUACUGUAGUAAAGAAAUAUUUUUUAAAUUGUUAUUUAUGAAUGAAUUAUAUUUAUAAAUUCGGUUAUGUUUUUACUAUUUGCUUUGAAACGGCUUAUUAUGAAUGAAAUAUAUCUCUAAUAUGUCUUAUUUGAAAGAAUUUUGUGCAUGUUUGUUCGUGUCUUAGGUUUUGGCAGCUACCUGUAUUAGGUGAUUUGUAUUAAUGUUGUAUACCAAUUAGAUAAGUUUAAUUUAAUAGUAACCUGCCUAAUAAUCCAUGAAUUGUUCUUAAGAAUAGUGUUUUAUAAUAAUGCUUCAGUUUUAUUAGAUUUUAUCAGUUUUAUCUAGCUGGAUUUAUUGUAUUGACCAAAAUCCCUUCCACAUCAUUGGACUAAUGUUAUUAUUUUGUCCUUGUUAUGCGUUAAAUGUUUCAUCUGUAGUUAAAUCCAUUUUUUUUUUUGGUUAGAUUUAUUUUGUGAUCAAAUUUGUUUUGUCCACUUCAUUCUGUUUAAAAUAGAACCAAGUUAAGAAAAAUGCCUUUUCUGUUCUCUUCAAAAUUGUGCACAGACCUCACGUAAAUACAACCAUUGACCAUGAUGUGAAUCAUUAAUUCAUUGUUUAAUAUAUUCACAUUGUGUCCGGCCAUUUGAAGAUGUUUAAAAGCAUGGUUUCCAUCAUUAAAACUGCCACCUCCAAAUAAAACUGUAAUUGCUGAAGGAUUUGCGUUGUUGGUGCUGACAGCUAAUUGAAGUAUGAGUCAUUUUUUAAACUAUAAACCUUGCUUGAUGUUUUACAACUGCAUCAAAGUGUCAAGUUUCUGUAAAUAUUAUAAUUUUAAUGUUAAUAUAUUUAAAAAAUGAAAUUCUAUGAUGUAUCUUUGUUUAUACAGCAGAUGAUUCAUUUUUCUAAAAGAUAAUGAAAUAUUUCUUCCUCUAUUUUUUUAAAAAUGUCAUACAUUUGUAUGAAGAGUUGUAAAUUAAAAAUCUGGGCUUGGGUAAAGAUGUUUGAUUUAAGAAAUAUGUGAGGCAUUUUUCUGUGAAAGAUGUUUGGUAAAUGCAUGAUUAAAAAUGCUGUUUUAACUAUAAAUAUUUUGAGUAAUCCAGAGCCUCAAUAUAAAGACUCACAUUUUAAGCAAUAAUUUUAAAAUGUUCAAAAUUCUGUGCAAUCAAAUGUACUAUAACAGUUUUUAUAAAUUUUUAAAAUUAUCUUUUUUAUUAAGAUAUCUUAAAGUAUUAUAAUGGUAAUGAAUACUAAAGUUAGAAAAUAAAUCUUCAUUUUUAAUUUCUAGUAAUAAACAGAAUUAUAAUAUUUUGUGCAUGCAUUUAAGUUUUCAUUUUAUCUAUUAUAUUUAAAAAUAUCUUGUGUUUUAUAUGACGAAUUGCAAAAUAAAUUUUUUAAUUUCAACGAGUCAAUUUUAAUUUGUUGAGUGUGUUUUUUAAUUAAAAGAGUAAACAAUUUUUUUAUCUGAGUAAUGUUUUAUAGUAUAAAAUUUAAACAUAAUUUGAGGGUCUAAUUAUAUAUGUGUUAUUUUUAGCUGAGUAAAAAUAUUUGUCUUUUUUAUUAAAAUACAUAAACACAGUAAUUUUGGAAAGAAAUGUUUACUAAAUAGGUUUGAAUAUCUAUGCUAGGAUAAUAAAAUAAUGAUUAAUCAUCAGUAACAUAGGUAUGCCUAAAAGACUUAUAUCCACUUGUUUGUUAGUAUAACAUUAUUAAAUUUUACUGAAAAUCACUGAGCCACUCGUUGUCUUCUCUUAUCACAUUCAGUAAAAUCCAAACAGGGCGUUAAGGCCCUUCAUUCAUAUUAUUUUAGUGUAUUUCAUAUUUUCUCCUUGAAAAAAAUUUAAGUUUACUAAACACAGUCAAAAUAAAGUUCUUCCAUUUUGAUUGCAUAAUAACUUAGUAAUAUUAAUAAUCUUGUAAAUUUUUAUUUGAUAUUAAAUCUCUAUUAUUGCUGUCUUUUGCAAUGCGACCUAAAAUGCCUUUAUAAAUUGUAAAAAUUAAAAUUUUUAAAGAGAUCCUUUGAGUUUAUUUGAGAAUAAAAUAACUUCAUGUGAAGACUAAGUAUAUGUAUGUAUGUUAAAUUGACAUCAUAAUUUGUUAGCUUAGAUUCAAGCAGUUUUAUUUUUCUUCAUUAAAUUACAAAGUUUUCUUUGCAUUCAUUAAAAUAUCCAUUGAUCAACCACUUAAUUGCUAAUUCAAAGUAUAAUGAAAUGUACACACUGAAAUCUGCAUAUUUUUAUUCUUUUUUUAUUUUUAUUUAUAGAUAAAAAAAAUUUUCAUAAUAAAAAAACUCUUUGCAAGUGUGUUACUCUUCUUUCAGAAAUUACUGUUGCUGUAUUGUAAAUUAUCUGUCUUAAUCUGUUAAUUUUAUGAUUAUCGGAAAUCAUAAUUAUCAUAGGACUAACUUAUACUAUUAAGUAAAAUACAAAUUGCAUUGAGAGUGGCCUUGAGGUAAGAAAUGAAAUAUUGUAUGAUGCAGAAAUAUGAAUUUCAAAAUCUUACCCAAUCAUUGUGUAACAUUUUUUAAUCUUCAACUUUUGUAAUAUACUGAAUAUCUUAUAUUUAUUGUGCUGUUUUAUGCUAUUAAAAUCAUAUGUAAAAAUGGUGUAAUUAAACAAAUACUGUUACUGACAUUUGUUAUAUUGUAGUAAAACUCCUUACUUUAUAUAUUUUUUCUUUUAAUGAGAAUUUUUUAAAUUUAUUAAUUUCACUUUUAAAGGUUUUUGUUGCAAUCCUUUUUCAUUACAAUAAAGUGUUUUAUAAAAAAAGACAGCAUUUUUAACAUAUACUUAUGAACUCACAGCUCUUUAUAAUUUCUUUUGGUCAAACAAUCUAAAAGUUGAUUUAUGGCCGUAAUUUAUUGUUUUUGGAAACAUCAAAUAAUUUUUUUCUGGGUAAUCAUAUAUGUGUCAUUUUAAAAGUUUUCAACUUAGUACCUGAAAUGCUAACAUUGUCCUUUGCAUAGACAGUGCUUUAAUUUAAGCUGCGAAUGUGAUUUUUUUUUCUUCUAAUUUCUAGAGCAAUGUGGUCCCGUCCGUUUGGCAUCUAGGUAAAAAUGGAAUAAAAUUGUGUAAAACAGGCUGUAUGUGUAUAGUUGCUGUGAUAAUAUCACUCAUUAUCAAUGUUUAGUUUGUGUUGUCAGUUGUAUAGAUUCCUUGAAAUUUGCAAUAAUACUCUAGUAUGCUGUUUUGCUAUAGUCAAUUUCAUGAUGUAAAACAAUAUUGGAGAUUAAACUGCUUUCUCAGGUGCUUAAAAUUUUUAUCGAAUGCUAAAAAUUAUGCUAUAAUAUGUAAAUAUUCUGUAUGCUUAUUCAAAUUUUUAAGAUAUCCUUUAAAAAAAUUUAACAAUUAAAUUUAUUAAAAACAAAGUUUAGAAUCACAUAUGUUAAAAUAUUAAAAACGUUUCAGCGUUGCAAUGGUAUGUUUUCAUCAGUAGGGGAAAUGACUAAAAUUGUAAUAACAAGGAUGAUUUAAUCAGACACAGGUUACGCUAUCCUAGAGAUAAAUUAAAACCUUCCUUAAUGACUGCUUCUAAGCAACGGCAACCACCGAAAAAUAACCAUAUGUUUAUGAUAUGUAAUGUCUUACAUUGCGAGAAGCUUUUGAGCAACGUGCACUUGUUAGUAUGAAUUUUGUAUUAGUGCUUAGUCAACCUUUUCCAAUUCUCCUUUGUAAUUCUUAUAAUUGAUUAUUAUUUAACCUAUUUUCUUCCGUCUCACAUUCAAGUCACUAUUAAUAGUUUUUAAGCAUUCAUAAAAUAUAUUAGUCAACAAGAAAUUUGAACAUUCAGUUGCACUUACUACAGCUAAGCUGCAUAUUUCAAAAGUUGUCUGCAGGAAUCUUUUUCUAUUGAAAUUUUUUAGCUUUCAUACAGAAGGCAUUCAUAGUUUUGAUAGGACAAUUGCACCAACUACAGAUAUGGUACAUCUUUCAUGGUUGGUUUGCAGGAAUUCUAUUAUAUAUUAUGAGUGGUAUUGAUGUGCCUUCAGUUGGCUUUCAAUUAUGUUUGUAGAAAAUACCAGCAGUAGGACAAAAAAAAAGCAAUGUAUGUACGCACCCGAAUUGAGCGAUUUCAUUUUUUCUUAAUGUUCUAGACACUGUAAGAGUUAGCGUCAGAACAAAAUCUUUUGUAAGUGAAUAACCAAGAUAUGAAUGAUAAUCACAAACGUGCAUUAAAAGACAAAGUCAUUGAGGAUGGUAGAAUAUGAAUAAACACUUGAAAAUUUGCUGCACUAUAUGGCUGUGUCAAAAAUAAAAUAUAAGAUUUUUUUUUUUGUACUGUUUGAUUUUUACCCUGCCUUUUAAUCUACUGAUAAAGAUGCACCAUUGUUACACUAGAAAGCGUAUAUGGUUAUUUAUCAAUUUUGCCAUUUUAAACUUUGUUUUUAAUAUUUAAUAUCACAAAGAAUUACUCCCAUAAUUUUAUACUUAUAACAAAUUAAUUUUGCUAGACUUAUUGAAUAAGAUAUAUGUUUUAUUGUUGUAUCAAUAUAUGAGCUAUUUUUUUCCAAUCAUAAGUAUGACUGUUUGCAAAAUGAAUUUUAAUUUUUGUCUUUGAUAUUUCAACGCACACUUCUAGAUGUAUAUGUAUGUUGUUCAUUUUAAGCAUAAUUAUGACUUAUGAAGUGAUUAAUUAAUACUCCUGAUGAUAUUGUUUUACAUUUUAGUGAAAAAAUUGUUGGCUGAAAAUGGUUCAUACUGUUUUGAGACAUGCUAAUUUUGUUGAUUGACAUAAAGUUUUUAAAUGGUUUGAUGAUUUACCCACCGAUUAUUUCUUUAAUAUCAUCUUCUAAUCUAACUUUUAUGUGUCUAUUGAGCAAAAAAAAAUGUUUUGUGGGCUUAUAACAGUGAAAAACUUUGGAAUGCUUUAUGGACUAGAAAAAUUGAAAGCGCUGAAAGUAAAUGUAACUAAAAGAAAAAAAAA